UUAUGUGAAUAAACGACACAAAUUGUUAUUAUUCUCACUUUCUUUAUUUUUUUUUAUUUCAAAAGUUUUUUCAGUCACGCAAUUUAUUAUUUGGACACAAAAAUUACACUAUUAUAAUCUAUUUUUUAAAGUGAUCAUUUUGACAUGUUAGAAGCAUAUAUUUUUCUGCUACAAAAAAAAAUGACUAAAAUUAAAAGUUAGACUAAGGUUUCUUAAACAACAAAAUAACACACUAUAAUUUAAAAUCUAAACAAGAAAUUAUAAGUCUCCUCCAAUAUUUAUCUUUUUACUUUUUUUUUCCUUUUUGUUUACUUCUUCUUUUUCUGACAUUAUUAUCUUCUUCAUUUAUUUAUUAAUUUGUUUUUUUGAAAAAAUCUUCUUCAUUUAUUAAUAUUUUUUUUAUUAUUCUUUUUCUCUAAAUUUAUUAUUUCUCUUAGUUUUUUUUAUUUUUCCUCUAACAUUUAGAUAUCUCUCUUACAUUUUAGUAUGUGUUAAAAGAAACUUUUUUGUUCCUUUUUUAUAUUUUGUAACAAAAAGUAAUAAAAUUUAAAAUUUAAUAAACUUUAACAUAUCAAGUAACAUCAUAACUUAACUUAAAGUCUUUUAUUAUUUUGUAUUUAAAAGUUAAAAUAUAGUAUACUAAUAAUAAAUUUAUUUAAUAAAAAGAAUUUAAUAUGUUAAUAAAAAAACUUAUAAAGUUACCAAAUAGUAUCUAAAACAUAAUAGAAUUAGUUACAAUAUGAAAAUUAUUAUAUAUAUUAAUUUUAAAGUUGUCUGAUCAAAAUAAGCAACCAAAUGUGUAUGAGAAAAAAAUUAUCUUGAAUUAAUUUUUUUCUAAUAAAAAGUAACUAAUUGAUAUAUUAUUUACAUCAAAAGCAACCAAAAGGUUGCUUUUUUUAAAAUUUGCAAAACACUAAAAUUUCUGGAAGCGAGAUUUUUUUAUUUUUUUCAAUUUUCGGUAAUUAUUUUAUAUUUCGGUAUUUAUGCUGACGUGGCAAUCGGUAUUUGUGCAAAUAAUUUUCUUAAAGGUAUUUUUAUAAAUAAAAUUAAUUUUAGGUAUAAUAUUGAAAAGACCCCUAUAUAUAUUAUAUAAGUUACAUAAUAAUAAUAAUAAAACCUUGAGGAAGUAAUGAUAAUAUGUAAUUAAAGAUAAGGAAAAUCUUGAAACAAGACAAAGGCUGUACUGUCAAGACUGCUAAUUUUGUUCCAUUUGUCUGCUGAAUGAACGUGAAAGAAUAGACAAUGUAGGCACUUGAAGACACCCACUCUUUACUGCUUUAACUUCUAACUUCUAACUUCACACCCAAUCACGUGUCCCUUUUUCACACUACAAUAUCAAUUAUAUUUACAUUUACAUAAAUAUAUAAUUUAAGGUUUUCAAGUACUUGACACACAUAUAUAUAUAUAUAUAUAUAUAUAUAUAUAACUUAAAAAGUAGCAGUAGUUGUAGUUAUAUCCAUCAUCCAUGGAAGAAGAAACUGCAGCCUCAUCAUCAUCAUCUCAUUCUCGACCUUUAGCCGUUGAGAGUUUCUCCGAUAGUUGGUUAUCUAACGUAAUAGUCCCUUCUAUAGUAAAGAGCCUUGAAUUUGAUGAGAGUUUCGAUUUCAAUUCUCCAAUAAAUAUUAUUGCCCCAUCCCCAAAAUUUGUUCAUGCCGAUGAAAUCUUUUCUAAUGGCCUUAUCAAAUCCAAUACUACGAAUACUUCUCCCAGAGAUUCAGCUACUGUCGUUUCUUCGAGAAGUAGUGAGUAUAAUAUUAAUAUUAACAUUGAUGAUGAUGAUGUUCAAAUGGGUUGCUCUUAUUAUUACUGCUGCUGCUUCUUCCGAAGAAGGAGAAGUAAUAAGUCUAAGUCAUCAUCAUCGUCGUCGACAGAGCAAAUAAUGUGGUUGAGAAAGGUGUAUGAAUAUCUGAGACCAACGACACGUCGUUUAGUAGUAGUGGGCUCCAAGGUUGAUGAUGUAGAUAGAAGAAUACUGGAAGUUAGGAGGUGGAGCAAUUUUAUUCAUCAAACAUCUCCACCUCCAACCUCUGACACCUCAAUUCAUGAAGCUAUUCUUCAUUGCAAAAGAUCAAUAGGAAAAUGAUCAAAUCAAUGUAUCAAAAACUGAGGAGGUCGUCUCGAUUAAUUCAUAUGAUGAUAAACAAAAGAUAGAAAAAUAAAAGAUUUGCUCUGUGUAAUGUGUAUGUAUGUAUGUAUGUACGAUUUCAUUUGUCGGCUCCUCCUUGGCUUGGCUGUACUCUUAUACAUACAUAUAUUUAACUUUAAUUAAUUAAUUAUUUUUUAAAAUA